AAUGAACUUGGCUUCGACGGCUCCAGACACGGACUGGUUGAAGACCUACCCUGUGCUCGGUUAUGAUGUUGAAAGCAAAGCAGAGAACGACAAUUACAUUUGAACAAACUACCUUUCUGUGAGUUGGUUAUAUCAUUAUUUCAACCUUUUUUUACCUCUUUGCACCAUGAUGAUCAAUGAAAAUACAUCCCUUACCGCCAAUUCCGCACGCCUGGUGCCCACGGAGUAUUUCUGCCCAGUCGAACCAAUAUUUACUUGGAUUUUAACUGACGCGGCUACAUUUUCAGGCUCGAUCGUAAUCUCCGCUAUUGCUUGCCCAUUCACCAUUCUCUUAAACAUUCUUGUGAUCUAUGCAGUGAAGACUAGAAAAACAUUGCAGAAUCAUUCGAAUAUUUUGUUGUCCAGUUUAGCGGUGGCAGACCUUUUGGUUGGGUUUAUCUCAUUUCCUUUAUCGAUCGCUCUAGAUGCGUUCCUUCUCCAGAGGAAGAUCGGCUUGUUUCUUUGCCGUAUAGCGCUUGCAAAUCAAAUGGUGCUGUACAUUUCUGCUUGUUGUUCUUUGUACCAUUUGACUGUGAUUGCAUGGGAAAGGUAUGUGGCGAUAAGAAAAUGGAAGGAUUAUAAAGUGAUCGUCACCACCAAGCGCGUCACCUGGUGUUUGGCAAUUUCUUGGGUGCUCUGCCUUCUGAAAACCGUACUGGUGCGUGUAUUAAUCGCGUCUGGUGUGAACUACAAGUACGUGCAAUUCGUGGACAUGAUCGUUUCCAUUCCCAUCAUGUUCGCCAUAGUUCUGAUCGGCUAUUUCUACUUAAUGGUUUACGUUGGUAUGCGCCAACGAAAACUAACUGACAUCCGUGGAGAUGCGGUACGGGCUAAACUAAAGAUGGAAAAGCGCAUAGCCAUAACUGCAGCAACAUUAAUUCUUGUUUUGCUUUUCUCUUACCUUCCAUCCACUGUCGUCAUUAUUGGAGGCAGGAAAGUGCCCUUCUUACGAACAAGCACGGUUUUCCGUUGGACGGAAUUGCUGACUCAGCUGAACUCUCUUUUGAAUCCACUCCUGUAUUGCUUCGUACUCAACCGCCAAUUCAGAGGCGAGGUGGUGAAGAUGGUGAAGAGAUAUAGGGAAGACCAGAGGGAGCCACCCACUCCCAAGCAGAGUCGUCACAGCAGGCGACGCAUGGGUCAUGAAAAUAUGGAUGAUCUUCAAGAGGAGGAAGAAGCAAAACGAGAAGAGGACCCCCAGGUUAAGUCAGGAUCCUGUGGCUCGACUAUGGCUGAUGAAACGAGGUGCCAGAGACCUCGUGAAGCACUGCAAGUUACAUCUUCGUCAGGUUCGUCCACUGGCGCAGAAAAUAUCAUCACCUAUGUCGAUAUUCACCCACUUAAGUCUUUCAGUCGAAGACUUUUGGAGGGAAGUACAGACAAAUAUGCGCAAUCAAAGUGUUCCGUAAAUGACGACCGACACUCUCUCUACGAUGAAAAUGACGAUCGUGGAAAGUCGAUGAAGAUAACUCAAGAACAUAGGCAGUCACCAAAUCCCACACAAGAAUGUCUUGACCAGCAAAGUAUCGACAGUGAAAAUCGAAACGAUCCAAUCAUGGAGGAACUGGAAGAUGGAAUAGGAGAGAUCCUGGAGAAAAGAUCUUGUGCUUUGGUCAUAAUCAGCGAUGAUGGUUGUCUGGGACCUCGUGGAUCUUUGUCGUCCUCUUCGCUUUCCAGUGAAGGAAACUUCGUCAUCUGUGCCAAUACUCUACAGCCACAAGAAGAGGCCAAAGAGGAAAUCAACCAUUUGAAAUGUUCCCUUCCUGGUAGCUGCAACACUUUCCAGGAUGAAGAUGUUCUUUUGGAAAUUGUUGAAGGGAAGCAUGGUUCUCACGAAGGAGUGACGAAAUUACCUGAGGGAUCUGAACAGUCGGGAAACUACAAUACAGAGCACGAAGGAGUGACGAAAUUACCUGAGGGAUCUGAACGGUCGGGAAACUACAAUACAGAGCAAGAUGAUACUGAUGAAACUUGCUUUUAGAAUCGGCAGUGGGAAUUUCGCUAAAGCAAGGAAUAGACAUGAGGUGAACAGUAGUAUACCCUCUGAUUAAAAAAUGUUUUAUUGAGGUCAGUCAAUGUUUGGGUAACACCGUGGGACCAAGUGUUUUUAUUCAGUGAUUCUUUUUCGAUUAUGGGUCCUUAACAAGAAUUCCGCUUCGUUCCGUAAUCCUAUUUUUAUUUUAGAUAAAUCAUUGUUGCUUAGAUCUUAGCACUUGCUCAAGUUGGGGUGAAGAAUUUGAUUCAGACUCUUGAAAAAGAGAAAGUAUCAUCGUUACGUGGGUACUCGAAUGGCCUUAACAAAAGCA